CUGGAGAACGCCAAGCAGUCGGCUGAGAGGAACAGCAACAUGGUGGGUGCUGCCCACGAGGAGCUGCAGCAAACCCGCAUCCGCAUCGACAACCUCUCCUCUGAAGUCAGCCAGCUGCAGAAGCAGUUGGCCGCCAAGGAGGCGAAGCUGCACGAUUUGGAGGAUAUUCUGGCCAGGGAACGCGAGACCAACAGGCGCCUGCUCUCCGACAAGGAGCGGGAGAUGGCCGAGAUGCGGGCACGCAUGCAGCAGCAGCUGGACGAGUACCAGGAGCUGCUGGACAUCAAGCUGGCUCUGGACAUGGAGAUCAAUGCCUACCGCAAGCUGCUGGAGGGCGAGGAGGAGCGGCUGAGGCUGUCCCCCAGCCCUUCCUCCCACAAAGGUGCAUCCCGUAGCCACUUGUCCACCCCGGGCUCCUCCAAGAAGAGGAAACUGGAGGACAGCGAGAGUCGGACCAGCUUCUCCCAUCACGCCCGGACAAGCGGCCGCGUCGGCGUGGAGGAGGUGGACUUGGAGGGCAGAUUCGUCCGUCUCAGGAACAAGUCCAACGAGGACCAGGCGAUGGGGAACUGGCAGAUCAAGCGGCAGAAUGGAGACGAUCCCCCCAUCACCUACCGCUUCCCCCCAAAAUUCACCCUGAAGGCUGGCCAGAUGGUCACGAUCUGGGCCUCGGGGGCUGGGGCCACCCAUAGCCCCCCCAGCAACGUGGUGUGGAAAGCCCAGAGCAGCUGGGGCUCCGGGGACAGCCUGCGCACCGCCCUGAUCAACUCCAACGGGGAGGAGGUGGCCAUGCGGAAACUGGUCCGCACCGUGAUCAUCAACGAUGAAGAUGAGGAUGAGGACGACGAUGAAGUUAACAUCCACCACCGCCAUCACCAC